GGACCAAGAGGUAUAAGAAGUUUGACAUUCAGCACCUUCCUUCAGCAUCUCUCGGGAGCCUUUGGAUCCUUCCACCGAGAAGAACCAGCAGCAAAAGAAGUCUUUUGUCUUCACGUUUCUAGAGUUUUAAGACCCCUGAAGAACCAAGAGCAACAGUCCUCCCACAAUGAUGUCUGAAUGCUACGCCAGCUGUCCUGCCUCGACCGUCACAAUCCAGCCGCCCCCUUUUGUCCUAAAUAUCCCAGGACCAGCAUUGUACUGCCCUGACCAAGCCUUUGGCAUUGAACAACACAAUCCAUGUGCAGGCUUUGGUGGCGUGGUGGCGAGAGGUGGUGGUGGCAUUGGCAUUGAGGGUACUGUUGGAGGGAGCAUGGGUGCUUUGGGACCUGGAAGAGGAGGUUGGGGCGGUAGCUGGAGCGGUGGAAGUGGAAUAGGCAGUAGGAUGGGUGGUGGUUUGGGUGUUGGUGGAGUAGGAGGUGUAGGUGGUUUAGGUGGUUUAGGAGGUGGUGGUCUGGCCCCUGGAGGACCCACAGGUCUGGGCAUUGGAGGGCUUGGAGGACCCAGAAGUGGUGGUCUGGGCAUCGGAGGAGUAGUUGGACCCAGAGGUAGUCUGGGCAUUGGCGGACCAAGGGGUACCACAGCAGGUUGGAGUGGAGGUAGCAGAGUAGGGGGCACUAUUGGUGGUCGGAGAGGCAGUGUUGGGAUGGGCAGCAUGACUGGUGGUGAUUUGGGCAGUGGUGAAGAUGGAGUUAUGAGUGGUCGAAGAGGCAGUAUUGGAGCUGGGGGCCCUACCAUUGGUUGGAGUGGAGGGAGUGGAGUAGGGGACACGAUGGGUGUUCGGAGAGGCAGCGUUGGGACAGGCAGCAUCACCGAGGGUGAUCUAGGCACUGGUGGAGUUGGGGGCACAAGACAUGGUGGCUUGAGCUCUGGUGGAACAAGGAUCACCACGGGAGGUUGGGGUGGAGGUAGCGGAACAGGAGUUAGUGUGGGGGGACGGAGAGGUAGUAUUGGAACUGGAGGCACUAUAGGUGGUGGCGUAGGGAGCAGCAUGAGUGGUCGCAGAGGCAGCGUUGGAACAGUGAGUGUCACUGGUGGGGAUUAUGGCCUUAGUGGAACAAGGGGCAGUACAGUAGGUGGUUGGAGUAGUGGCCGCCGAAUGAGUGGAAGCCACCGAUAUGGCGGUAGCAUUGGGUACGGCAGUGGUGGAUAUGGUGGUGGUUACAGCAGUGGCGGAUAUGGUUCCUCUGGAUAUGGAGGUGGAUUUGGCCACACAGGCUAUGGUUCUGGAUAUGGAAGUGGAUAUGGCCACACUGGAUAUGGUUCUGGUGGAUACAGACGGAUCCGAUACUCUGUUGGUGGAGUGGGGGAUGGAUACAGAAGUGGUGGCUUCAGCAGCCGAUCUUACGGAGGUUCCUAUGGUGGGACCCUGGCCGUGAUGCCAGGCCCUUCAGACAUCUACUCCUAUUACUGAAUGUGGAAGAAAUAACUCAGAAGUCCCCGAAUAACUGGAGAAGAAAAACAUGAAACCGAGAAGAAAAAUGUUUACAGUGAUGGACUUGAGACAGAACCAUUGUCUUCUCACAAUGCAAACUCAGGUCUGAAAUCUUAGACUAGGUUUCAGUUGACUCUUCUAUCUUCUUUUUACUCUCUUCUGGCGGCACCCCAAAAGAGAGAUAAUUUCCUUUCCGAGUUCUGCUGGUACUUUCUGGACUGGAAGAAGUGGUAGAGAACACGGACCUAACCUGCUGGGGAAACGGAGACCUAUCACUCCUACGGACUCCAAAAUUGUGUUUGAACAGAAUCCAGAAAGACUCAAAAGCAUAUUUAUAAGCAACAGGCAUCUGCUACAGCAAAUUAAGAUUCAUGUUUCUGCUUAGCUACCCUGAACCUAACUCGCAGCUAGAAUUGAACCAAUGCUCUGUUAUUUCUUUGGUUCUUUUGAUUAAAUUUCCUUUCGCAUCA